AUGUUAGCCCCAAGGAGGACCAACCGCUACAGCUGGCUCUUCCCAAGAGCGAAGAACACCAAGAUGGACAACGAACAAGCAACUUUCUGGCUGAGCCAGUUCAUCGGGAAGAACCUACGCAUACAUGCUAGCGAUGGACGCGUGUUUGGAGGCCAGAUGAAAUGCACGGAUAAGAACCGUAACAUCAUUCUUGCGCUGGCACAUGAGUAUCGUGCACCAUCAGCGGAGACGAUUCGCAAGGCUGUAGAAGAGUCGGGAAAUCCGUCUGCAUCCGUAGCCUGGAACAGUCGUUAUGUUGGACUGAUUGUGGUGCCUGGCCAACAUAUCACGAAGAUUGAGUUUGAAGAGACCACAUUUCCAGGCCAAAAGAGUACAUCGUAUUGCGGUAACGAUACCUGA